AUGUCGCUCAGCAGAAGUAUUGAAUUCGAUCACUUUGAGGAGCUUGGAGGACACCACAAGCUUGGACAUCGCCCCCCAAAAGCCAGCUCUGUGUCUGGUUCCCACAGCGGCUCCAGGGGAAACGGUGUGGCCCCCAGCCCGGCUCACAGCGCGCACUGCAGCUUCUACCGCACACGCACGCUCCAGUCCCUCACCUCGGAGAAGAAGGCCAGGAAAGUGCGCUUCUACCGAAAUGGAGACAAGUAUUUCAAAGGCCUGGUUUAUGCCGUGUCCAGUGACCGCUUCAGGUCUUUUGACGCACUGCUCAUGGAACUCACGCGCUCUCUGUCCGAUAACGUCAACCUGCCCCAAGGAGUGCGCUCGCUGUACGCGCUGGACGGGGGCAGGAGAGUCACCAGCCUGGACGAGCUAGUAGAAGGCGAGAGCUACGUGUGCGCCUCAAACGAACCUUUCCGGAGAGUGGACUACACCAAGAACGUGAACCCCAACUGGACCGUGGGCUGCAAGACCAGCACAUCCCGCUCCCUCCCCUCCCUCACCGCCCUGAAGAACGAACUGCAGCGGGAGACCAAGGACUUCAUCAAGCCCAAACUGGUCACCGUGAUCCGCAGCGGAGUCAAACCUCGGAAAGCGGUGAGAGUUCUGCUCAACAAGAAGACGGCCCACUCCUUCGAACAGGUUCUCAGCGACAUCACCGAUGCCAUCAAGCUGGACUCCGGGGCAGUCAAGAAGCUGUACACGCUGGAAGGCAAGCAGAUCACCAGCCUGCAGGACUUCUUUGGAGAGGACGACGUGUUCAUAGCCUGUGGUCCAGAGAAGUUCCGCUAUUCUAAGGACGACUUUGCGUUGGAGCAGAGUGGUAAGACCUGCAGAGCCUUAGUGACAGAAUGCAGAGGGCCCAAGUCUUCGUCUCACAGUCGAUCUGUUACCCCCAACCGCACCAAGAGCCCCGGCCUCACACGGAGGAGCAAGUCCCCCGCCUCCGCGAGACGACCUGUCCACUUUGCCAGCAGCCGGUCCACCAGCAAGUCUCCAACAAAUGGUUUCUCGAGCAGCCAGUCGUCUUCUUCUAGAUCAACCAAAUCUUCCACUCCGUCUCCCACCAGCCCCAGAACCGCUCCCGGAUUUAAGCUUCCUAUUUCAAACGGCGUCUCGUUGCACACGAACGGAGCCGUGACCAACCACCAAGAGCAGAGCAACCUCAGUCCAGAAGUCAAUGGAAACCAAUGUCUACAAGCUUCGCCCAUCUCUGAAAAGUACAAGGUCGGCAAAGUGAUUGGUGACGGGAACUUCGCUGUGGUCAAAGAGUGUGUGGAGAGGUCCACGGGAAAAGAGUUUGCACUGAAGAUCAUCGACAAAGCAAAGUGCGCCGGCAAGGAGCACCUGAUCGAGAGCGAGGUGGCGGUGUUACGCAAAGUGAAGCAUCCCAACAUCAUCAUGCUCCUGGAGGAAGUGGACACGCCAGCCGAGCUCUACCUGGUCAUGGAGCUGGUCAAGGGAGGCGAUCUGUUUGACGCCAUCACCUCCUCAGCCAAGUACACAGAGAGAGACGCCAGUGUCAUGGUGUACAACUUGGCCGCCGCCCUGAAGUACUUACACAGCGUCCACAUCGUACACAGAGACAUCAAACCGGAGAACCUGCUGGUGUUUGAGUAUCCGGAUGGGACCAAAUCUCUGAAGUUGGGGGACUUCGGGCUGGCCACAGUGGUGGAGGGGCCCUUGUACACUGUCUGCGGGACCCCCACUUAUGUGGCCCCAGAAAUCAUCUCAGAGUCUGGCUACGGUCUGAAAGUGGACGUCUGGGCAGCAGGGGUUAUCACAUACAUUCUGCUGUGUGGCUUCCCUCCGUUCAGAAGUGAGAGCGGUCAGCAGGAGGAGCUGUUUGAGCAGAUCCUCCAGGGGCGACUGGACUUCCCCACCCCCUACUGGGACCACAUCAGCCACUCAGCCAAGGAGCUGAUAGGACAGAUGCUGCUGGUGAAUUCCGAGGCCCGGUUCAGUGCUGUGGACGUCCUGUCUCACCCCUGGGUCACCGUCUCCUGCUACAAUGAGGAGGUUGUGGCAGAGAACAACAUGAAGAUGGAAGUGUCUGGGAAACUGAGGACUCAUUUUAACCCAGCACCAAAAUACAACCCCACCACAGCUGGAGUCUCGGUCAUCAUGAACACAGCUCUAGAUAAAGAGACCCUCACCAUCAGCGGCCGGAACGCGCCCAGAACUCCAUCCCUCACUCCGGAGGCCAGGAAAGCAGAGAAGCCCAUCCUCCCUCCAAAGCCCCCCCUCACCAAAACACUUCAACUCGACUCUGCAAGCGAAGCCUCGGCCAAUCAGAGCUCUCCGUGCACCCCCUCGAGCCCGCCCCUGCUGUCCCCUUCCUCGGAGCCCAUCAUCUGUCUGCCCUCGUCCCUGUCCUCCCAGACUAUGGACGAGUCUCCGACCAAAGACCUCUUUCCCCCCGCCGUCUCCUCCAUCUUCCAGCCCGCCCUGUUCCCAUCUCCCCCAUCCACCCCCACAAAGUCAGACCCUCCAUCGCCGACUUUGCCCCCAGCUCCCAGGGGCCUCCAGGAGCUCUCUGAGGCUGUCUGA